UGUUCCCAAUAUAACCUCAGAGCACAGCCAGCUGAGGGGUCCGGUCUGCGGCCGCGGUCUGAACUGUAAAGGAAGUGACAGGCACUAACUCUGCUCUCUGGAUUGCCUUUUCUUCACGUGUUUGGAGGAGCACCAUGAUGAAAGGGGAAGAUUCAGAGGAAGUAGAGAUUGACUUGGAGGACUCCAGUGGUUCUGAUGAAUAUGACAAUGAGGGGGAACCUGAGACUCUGUGGAGGGCCCCUCCUGCUCUGGAAGAAGAGGAGAACAUUCAUACGUCUACACUGGUGGAAAUCAGUGACACCAAGCCUCUGAUUAAUGUCAGAGACCCCCGAGGCAUCAAUGACUGUCUCAAGGUGUCAUUUGAGGAUGUGAUUGCUGAGCCAGUGUCAGUGCGCAGUGGGGACAGAGUGUGGAUCUGGAGUAAUGCCCUGUUUGAGGUGUCUCGGGUUUGGGUGUACAGGAUAUUCACAGUGCUUCUGGCCAUUCCCGUUUCAAUUAUCGCCGGACUCCUCUUCGCCAUCCUCAGCUGCCUGCACAUCUGGAUGGUUGGUCCUUGCAGCCAGUGUAUCCAGAUCGGCACACGCUGGCUGCAGAGAAUGUGGAACAUUGUGCUGGACAUCAUUGUGCGGCCCACCCUCACGAGUGCUGGGAGAUGCUGCGGAGGCUUCAGCAUUCACCUUGCCAAAGAAUGACACAUCCAGACUGGGGUUGUUCGUUACACGCACUGGUGUUCUAGUCGACUGAGCUGAAGUGGGCGUUGACAUUUGAUUCUUUAAUAUAAAAAAUAAAAUGAUUAUAAUGACAUGUUUUCCACAGUUUAGAUGCUUCUGAUCAAAGUCCAGCAGCAUCUGCUGGUCCUUUUUAAUGAUCACACAAGGCUCAUGACAUGUUCAAACAAUAAUUUGGACCUGAUACAGUGACAAAUAGGUGAUUUAAUUUUUAAUUUCAUCCGCAGAGGGUGAACUUUCUUUUUAGUGAGUCAAAAAGAGGAUAACAAUUCUUAAUAUCUGAAAUAAGAUGAAGAAAACAUAGUCUCUUUAAAACCUUUCAAAACAGUGAUUGAUCUGAGGAAAAUGAGAAAGAUGAAAGUCCCUCUUUUUGUUAAAGCAGUGCUUUUUUCUCACACUGGGGUUACAGCUCUGUAUGAUUUUUACAAUUUGAUUAACUUCAGCAUUGACUGUAAUGCAAAUGGAUUGUUGUAUCAUCUUUAUGUCAUAAUACUGGGGUUUGGGUUUAUAUUUUGGUAAAAAAAAAAGUUUAAGCUCCAGGAACAAAAAUUUAUGAGAACCUAAUUUUAAUUACAGAAGUUUAGGAAUGUCAAAACUAUAAAUAUUUAGCUCAGGAGAAAAGAAGAAAUACUUCAGAUUAUUGUAUUCUUAGGGGAAGAAAUGGCAACAAUAGAUAUGGAUAACUAAUUAUUCUCCACUUUAUACUCAUCAUUGUGAUUUAAACAGAUAUCUAAACAGAUAUUUAAACCACUGUCUGUUACAACACUAUUGCAUGGAUGAUACUAAGGUCAGCAGGACAGGGGAUAUACAUAUGCCUUAGAAGAAUAUAUGAUGGACUCCUUUCCAUGCGAAUGAGGGGUGUGCACAUGUUGUGCAUGUAGUGUGCAUGUUUCUGUACAUGUAUUGGCAUAAUACUAGGUUUUUGUUCAUAUUCUGUUAUCCUAUGGACUUGGCAGUUCCUCUGCGUUCAUCCCUGUGCUCAUCCUCGUGUUCUUGGUGUCGUCCCCUGCUCUGUUUCCUACCUGAUGUCUUGUGUUUUGUUCAGAUUUUUUACCUGAGUUCAUCGUAUUGUCCCAGUUGGUUUUUGGUUAGUUGUGGUUCUUCUGUCAUUUGGACUUUCUGUUACCUACAUCAGCUUUAUUAAAGCUCGCUCUUUG